AAAUGCAAGAUAAGACUUGUCAGCGGUGAUCACUUCUAUCUUCAGCACAUCAAUAUACAACAAUUUUGGCGUCACGAACUUGGACGUGUUUGUGGCCUCUCAGCAUCUGCUUUCAGUCCUGAGGAGCUGACUCCCGCAUCAGUCGACUUAUAUACAGGAGUUCAAGAAGGAAGUAAAAGGACAAGGGGGGUGUCUGGAGGCAGAGGAGUGAAACAGCUGGUACCUCUUACAAAACCAAUUGAGCUCUGUUACAAAAAUCAAAAGACUACAAUACCUAUAUUGGUUUCAGAACACACACCUAUUGCACUGUUAGGAAGAGAUGCUUUAUGCAGAUUGAAGUGUGUUAUAAAGUGUACACCCGAUGGCUGUUUGGUGGAGAUGCCAUCUGAUACUGCUUACCAACUAUUGAUGACAACAGAUGUGGAGGCCUCUUCAGUAUGCUGGAUUGGAGAUCUUAGUGCAGAGUUUUUGGAACCUGUUAAAUUGUGGGAGAAGUUCAUUGUAGCAAAUAUGCCUGAUGCAAAACUUCCAGACUAUUCGCUUCAUUGUACGCUCAAGUAUUUUAAGGACGCUGCCCAGUCAAAUUGUGAGGAGUGGAUAAGUCAUCAACCAAAAGAAGUUGAACUCACCUCGUCUUGUAUAAUUUUGGGACCACAAGGAGCAGCAAUGAUGAUUGAUAUGAAUGAAUAUGUGAGUGAAGAAUAUAAAAUCAAAGAGAGUGUACCACAUGUGACUUUGAUGGUGUCUGAAGAAUAUGAACAGAAAGAUAUAGGAGAAAUGAUGGCGGAAGCAGUAAAAGCUGUUUUUGCACCAGUAGAGGGAAAUUCUGCCAUCUGGAAGAGUGAGGAUCAGCGGUUUCUCAAGAUUAUGAUAUCUGCUCAAGGACAUGGGCGACCACAAGUUGUCCAAAUGACACAUGAAACGAUAUGUGGGGUUGAAAUGGACGCAGACGUUUUGAGGAGAGAAAUGUUACAGCAAGUACCUGAAUGUUUGUGGUCUCGAUACAGUACUGAUAUUGGUCUUGUUAAAUCAGCUCAACCAGUGAAAGUGGAGCUUAGACCUGGAGCCAGACCUCCUUGGAAGAAUCAGUAUCCACUGAAAGAAGAGGCAGUUCAAGGGAUUGAACCACAGCUUGAAGGACUUCUGAGAGCAGAUGUGCUGAAGAUAACUCAAAAUCCUAUAAGCAAUACGCCAUUGUUGCCUUUACAGAAACCAGAUGAUUCCUAUCGCUUGGUUCAUGAUUUGAGAUUUGUGAACGAAGUAGUAGCCGAUUUUCCAGCAGAAGUGCCAGAUCCGCAUACUUUGUUAGCUCAAAUUCCCCCAAAUGCUACACAUUUUACAGUAUUGGAUUUAUGUGGUGCAUUUUUCAGUGUUCCACUGAGCGUAGAAAGUCAGGGUUUGUUUGGGUUCACAUACAAGGGACAGUUUUAUGUGUACAAAAGGUUGCCACAGGGAUUUAAACAUAGUCCUCAUAUUUUCAAUAAAGUAUUGAAAGAUGAUUUGGCAGGACUAGAUCAAAAAUUAAAAAGUACAGUGGUUCAAUAUGUAGAUGACAUUAUUAUUUGUUCACCAGAUAAAAAAACAUGUCAUGAAGACUCAAUUAAGCUGAUGCAGAUUUUGGCAGAAAAUGGUCACAAGGUCUCACAGAAGAAGUUGCAAUAUUGUCAGGAGAAGGUAGUUUAUUUGGGUCAAACAAUAUCACAGGGCCACAGAAGUAUUUCUGACAGUCAUUUAGAGGCUAUUCGAAAGGCUCCAAAGCCCCGAACAGUCAGGGAGAUGAUGACAUUCCUCGGUAUCACUGGUUACUCUUCAGCAUGGAUUGAAGAUUAUGCAAGUUUGACAGGACCUUUAAGGGCUAUGAUUAAAGAUACUGGGAGUACUCAACUUCACUGUAAUCUUCUCUGGACACAGGAUGGUUUAUUAGCCUUUGAAACGAUUAAACAGAGGUUACAAGAAGCUCCAGCAUUAGCACUUCCAGACUAUUCUAAGAAUUUUCUGUUGUACGUAUCUACUUCAGCUGAAGGAAAAUAUGCAUGUGCAGUUCUUUGUCAGCCAACCGGUACAGGGACCAGUCCUCAACCUAUUUCAUAUUAUUCUACUGCUUACUCAGAUGUUGAACUUGGACUACCACUGUGUUAUAGAGCAAUGGUGGGAGUCUAUUUAAUGUAUGACAAAGCAUCUUCGGUCACGAGGGGAUAUCCAGUGACAAUUCUUACUCAUCAUAGUCUCAGAAAUCUUUUGAACUAUGGCAGGUAUACGUUGACCAUGCCUGGACUUAGAGACUAUAAUAGGCUUUUAGAACAGGAGGAUGUCACAUUAGUCAGAUGUGUUACGAUAAAUCCAGCUGAGAAUUUGCCAACUCCAGAAGAUGGUGAACCACAUGAUUGUGUUCAAGAAGCAGAGAAAUACUCAAGAUUAAGGUCAGAUUUGAAAGCUCUCCCACUGCGUGAGGCAGAUGUAGAGUAUUGGACAGAUGGGUCCUGUUAUCGUGUGGGAGAUAAUUUGAGUGCUGGUUAUGCGGUGGUAAAAGCCCAGGGAACAGGAUUUGUUGUUGAGAAAGCGGAAGUGGUACCGCAGCCUGCAUCAGCGCAGCUUUCUGAAUUGGUGGGGUUAACUGAAGCAUGUCUUUUAGCGGAAGGCAAGCGUGUGACGGUCUAUACAGAUUCUGCAUAUGCUCAUAAUGUGUGUCAUUUGUUUGGAUCGGUAUGGAAAAAUCGAGGGUUUAAGAAAACAGAUGGUUCCCCAAUACAACAUCACACUCAGAUAAUGGAACAUCUCCAUGCUAUGAUGAAACCUAAAGAAAUAGCAAUAGCUAAAUGUGCAGCACAUAAGAAGGAUGUGUCAAGAGUCACUCAGGGUAAUAAAGCGGCUGAUGAGGCUGCAAAAGCAGUGACAGGAGCUGAGAAGUUGGGUAAAGUUUUCUUGGUCACACAUGAAGUAGAUUUGGAGGAUAAGAUUACAGUGAAAGAUGUGGUCUUAAUGCAGGAAGCUGUCUCUGAGGUGGAUAAACAGUUGUGGGUAGAUCGAGGGGCAACACAGGAUUCUACUGGUCUUUGGAGAAAUCAUGAGGGACUGAUAGUAGCACCUCCAGACCUGUUGGGAUUGAUGAUUCAGGAAGCACAUGGCUUAGCCCAUGUUGCAAGGGGGGAAGUUAGGAGGAAGAUUAUAAAAGAGUAUGGAUUUUGGGCACCAUAUUUGCUUGAGCAAAUUGAUUAUGUUAUAAGCAGGUGCACUAUCUGUCUGAAAAAUAAUGUUCGGAGGGGUGUGAUGGUUCCUCCAGGUCAUAUUCCAACGCCAAGGGGUCCAAUGCGUGAGUUGGUGGUGGAUUUUGUCGAUAUGAUAAAACCGGUUGCAGGUAAAAGAGGUACAUGUUGGUCGUCGUGGAUAGAUUUUCACGAUGGCCUGAAGCUUGUCCAACUAAGUGAAAGGAUGCUCAGUCAGUUGCAAAGUUUCUGUGCAGGGAGGUCAUAAGCAGGUGGGGACUUCCUGAUCGAAUAUCUUCGGAUAACGGGAAGGAGUUUGUGGAUAAGACUGUGAAAUUGAUUUUACAGAAACUGGGUAUUAAACAGCGUCUUGGGGCAGUUUAUCAUCCACAGAGUCAAGGAGAAAUGUGUGUGUGUUGAUGUUUGUUUUUAAAUAUAUUGUGUCUAUUCGUUUUAAUGUUUGCAAAGAUACUGGUGUGCUGUCUUUUCU